AUGUCAGUGUUUGAAGCUGCUCUGAGCGCUGGGAUUGGAAAAAGACCCAAUCAGUUCACCCAGCGGUUGACUCUGGCUGCGAGGCCUGUGGAGACGCAGCGUGUGGACAGGAUGAAUUGUUGUCAGAGAAUGAAGAGCUCUGGAUUGCAGCCAGCCUCCACCUCCCACGCUAGAGCAGCCCAGUGUCACCCCCUCGGACAGGAUGUGACCUGUGCAGACUGCUCCAUAGGGGGCCCUGACCCGAGACACUGUCCAGACUAUAUGUCGGCCCCAAGCCUGACGUGA